AUGUGGAGUACCACGAAGCAGUCGGAGCACUUAGCGGCCAGCUGCGCCAAGAAACCAAUGGAGACGUUCUCCCCCGAUGAGUACAAGCCAUUCAAGUUGAUUUCCUCUCGGUACGAGUCGCACGAUACGCGCCGCUUUUACUUUGCCCUCGAUAGUGCCGAUGAUAGCUUCUUCAUGCCAGUUUCUUCGUGCAUUAUCGCGAAGUACACCGAUGCAGACGGCAAGGACGUUGCUCGACCAUACACCCCCAUUUCCUCUAAUAGCACCAAGGGCCACUUUGAGCUCGUUGUGAAGAAGUAUCCGAAGGGAAAGAUGGGCAACUAUCUGUUCUCCAUGCAACCAGGUGACGAGCUGCUCAUCAAGGGCCCUUUUGAGAAGUUUGCGUACAAGCCCAACAUGUGGAAGCACGUGGGCAUGAUUGCCGGCGGUACCGGCAUCUCGCCGAUGUACCAGGUGAUUCGUGCUGUGCUAGAAAAUCCCAAAGACAAGACAAACAUUUCUCUCAUCUACGCCAACAACCAGCGCCGCGACAUUCUGCUUGCUAACGAGCUAAUUGAGAUGCAGAAGAUCUACAACAACUUCAACAUGUAUUUGACCCUUCUGGAGGUGCCGCACCGGUGGCUAGGCGGUAUCGGCUAUGUGAAUAGUGCCAUGAUAACCACCUUUAUGCCAAAGCCAGGGGAGAAGAACACGAAGAUCCUCGUAUGUGGUCCCCCUCCGAUGAUGCAGGCGAUCAGCGGCGACAAGCUAUUUGAGCCGGGAAAGCCACCGCAGCAGGGCCCGAUAGGCGGGCUACUGAAAGCACUAGGCUAUAAGGAGGAGCAGGUCUUCAAGUACUGA